AUGGGAAGAGCGUCUUCAAAAGCUCAUUCCACUGAUGACAAAAAGGAAGUUGACUAUUAUCAAUCACUUAAUAUCGACUUUGACCAACUUGACGGUGCAAGAGAACGUUUAAGUUUACAACAUGAUAUUUUAAGAGAAAUUUAUCAUGGAAAUUUUUCUUCACCCAUAAGUAAUUUGUUACAAACUGGUGGUGCCAGGAUUUUAAAUAUUGG